GGGUAAGUGCCCACUACUAGUCAGUGCAGUAUGUUGCUGGCUUAUUUGUCACAUGAAAUUACGUGUUAAAGUAAAAAGUAAAAGUAGAUGAGGACUAACGGACGAGAUGAGAGUUUUUCUAAGAUGAACGUAAGCCGCUGCCACAUUAUAUCACGAGAAUGCUCGUCUCGCUUUGACUCAAUACAUUCUCCUGUUUCUGGCAAAGCGUGGAGAACUACACCACCAGCAUGGCAUUGGAUGUAUUUCAUUUGAAACUGAAUGCAAAGCAAUCAAGAUUGGUCCCGAGCUUUGUUUUGUGACUAUCGUGGGAAGGUAGAUAUUGAUAUUGCCUUUCACUUUCUAAGCAAAGAAAUAAGGAAUCGGUCUGGCUCGGCGUAACGAAAGGAACAAAGAACGCACAUUCUCGUACCUGCAGGCUUCUGUGAAUUUUCCGGGUUCGGUCUUGAAACAAAGCUUUAUUUGAGGUCGUGCGUAGUGGAAGCACAAGGAAGCAGAUCGCUCGUCGUACGUCGGACACCAAUAUAGCCUAGUGAAUUUGCUACUAAUAUUUUCUUGUGCAGCAAGAGGAUUUCGAUUCUCGGUAAAAAUUUGCUUAGGGAUGGAGAUUAUGGUUCCACAGUGUCAAGCGUGUACAGAGCCGGCCCGGCGUCGGAAGCACGUAGCGCAAUCAUUGAGUACGUUAAGGGCAGCAUCAACAUCAGCACUUUCUUUUCUACGAUUUUUCAUCUGUAGUACUGUUGAAAAUAAUACCUCGGGGUCGCAUUCCUUCGUCCUCGUCGUAGAUUGGCAAGCUCUUGUAACCGGGAACGUGGCUUGUCGAAAAGGAAGAACUCACUGAGCUUAUACUUCAUGACAAAAUCGGCUGCACCCUUAAAGUUCCGAUACGCCAAGCCCCAUGCUAUGCUAUGCUUCUUUGUCCUAUCUCGAUGUAAUGUAAUCUUAGCGCGUCAUUUUUUUUUGGCUUGUUGGCCGACACACAACAUGAGCAGCUGCACGUCGACCAGCUGAGUAUGUAAUUUCAGGGAAGGCCUCAUUUCUUUUCGUUUCUGCUCAACAUUUUUCGCGCUUGCUUCGUAGCAGAUAGUACGUAUAGAAUCGAUCCGUAGGAUUAGGAAGCUUGUCCUGCAGCUUUAUAGUACGAGGACGCGGCGAGAAGUCACUGUGUUGACGUGUCCUUAAACUAGAACGCAACCUCCACAGGACGGCUUCUUAGCUUCAACCCGCGCCUUUGCGAGGUCGUUCGAGCCUAUCAUUGGUGGAUCAAAUUUUUGCGCUUAAUAAAUCUUUGACAAAAGCUUCGCUCUUGAGGAGCUCUGGCUCUUCGGCGGAACAUCAAUUUAUCGAUCAUCAUUGUCAACGACUAGAAAUGAAGAUCCGAAUAAUUAUUGUCGAGAUCACGGACAGCUUCGAAAAUGUAGGUUUUCUCUAUCUGAGUUACUAGUUCGUUCCAUAUCCUCGCGUGCACUAGCACGUCGACGUAGCUAGUGGAUAAAAUAAAACUAAAAGUAGUAGGCGUGUGAAAAGUAUAAAGCAUUUGAGAGUGCUGUCGUGCAUACAAGCUUCUGUUCUUAAAAUCGAUCUCGUGGCACCAGAGCAAGGGUGCCUACGACUUCACGACCACGAUUCCUCGAUAGUCAGCUUCAUUUUCUCUAAACUAAACGUAACAACAAGAUAUUGACUUCUACGUUCUGCAUGCUGACACCGAAAUCCGAACAAAUUACUCUUGGUUUUUUCCCGACGCUCGCGCUUACUAACCCUGGCACAAGUAGGUUAUCACAGGACACCAGCACGACCAAUUAGGAGCUGCAUCGAUACGAAUUGAAAAUUUGGGAAGGAGGUGGUUAACUAGGCUCUGCCAGGAGCAGUAGAGUUGAGGAAUGGUAAUGGUAAUGGAAGAGGGCUAGUAGUGGCAGAAAUUUCAGUUUCCAUUUGCUCCAGACCUCAACAACCAAAAAACCACAACAAGCUAAGAGCCUUUGGCAGAUUGCGGAGGCGGACGUAUUGAUUCUUGGACUGAACACAAAAAAGAUUAAGUACUCAUCUUGCUACUCACGCCAGGCACAGCGAAACGCAUAAGCAAAACUAUUAGUAAGCACCAAUGACAUAUACCAAGUUCUUGUACCACCGAAUUUCUCUAUAGUUCGAGAGCUAUUGAUUGCCUUCAAAUGAUAAAAAGACAUCAACCCACUUCUUAGGCUACGGUCACCAAUCAAGCGAUAUUUAGUAUAGAAGCGUAGCGAAGCCGUCUAAUUUUUCGAGGGCGGACGAGCAGCUCCUGCAUAUAUGUCGUAAUUGUUCUGUCUUCUUGAGCCUUUAGCAAUACAAAUACCAUGGCGGCUGCGUGGACCUCGCUACCAAGCUCUAGCCACGAGAUGGCUAUGCAGGUCCAGGACGAUUCGGUAUUAUAAUUUUUGAAUCAUUGUUUUUGUUCGUAGUUGUGUUGUUUUGUACUAGCGCCAACAACUUCUGCAACUACAAAAUCAUCCGGAAGAACACGUUGAAAAAUCUAAAUCAUUCAGGACGACGAACCUGUUUUGAAGACAAAAGGGACCAAGGCGGCCAAGACAAAGAAGAACAAAAAGCCCGCUGCUUCUUCUCCGAAAAGCAGACCUUCGGGCGGGAAAGACAAGGACAACAAGAAAGCCACGACCAGUAGGCCGUCCUCACCCAAGCAGAAAGCUGCAGAAACGGUGGUCGAUAUGCAACACAAAAUUUUUUCUCAUCCCGUUGUACAAGUGCAACUUACAAAAUGCAUCACGAAAUUGUCCAAAAAAUUAAGAGGUCGUUGUGGACAUAGAACUUGUUUUCAUGCUGGAAGAAUACGCGGGCUGACGCUGACCUGAGGAAAUAAGAAGAAGGCUUUGCAGAAACAAACAAACAAACAAAAACAAACCUCCGCGUUGAUUUGAUGUAAGUAUGAAGUGCACGUACAAGAACGAGGAGAUGAAAUUUUUUUCGGUGGAUAAUAUUAGUGGAAGAGAGGAUAGUCGAGGAGGAAGUGGUAGAUCAACAGCCUUUGGAGGAAAAGCUCCUGGACGAAGACGUAAUCGAAGUGGACCCACAGGCCUACGACGACGCAACAGGUGAAGAUGUAGACUACGCGAAGUACGCUACCUUUGCGGCCUCGCACUUUUACGGGCGGACGGGCGAGUCUGACGACAUUCCGGCCGUGCCGGCGGACAACGAUCCGCUUUUAUGCAUUGGAAAUAUGUCUGGGUCUGGAAGAUCAAGAUUCUUACAUUUGUCAUGCAUAUCUGACAUGACUGGAGAAUCUGUGAUGCAUGGGCACGAAAAGCCUCUCCUAUCUGUCAUGCAAAAACGGAGUUUCUCGUGCGGAAAACGCAAUACAUAGCAGCUCAAAUAAAAUUUGUCAUGCUGGGUUGCUCAAAAAUUUAUCAUCCACUUUUUGCAUCACGACCCAGACAUUUUUGCAAUCCAUAGCUUUUCAACAAAGACAACAAGGAGUGGAACGAAAAUCAUAAUCACUACGCGCUCACGGGCCAAAGUCUGGCCCAGGUCGUGGUGAAGAAAGCAAAACUAGAGCUGCCCCAGGAAGUCGUCGCAUCAACGGUACGUAGAAGCUUGGAGCAUCUUGUUCAACUCGUGAUGUGCAUAAAAUCGUAGCUGUUUUUCUUUUUUCUGGAAAAGAAUUAGAAUACUAUAUUUGUUUGUUGUUCACCUGAGAAUCAGUUUGAUUGCGGAGAUGGCAGAUAGAGAACUUUGGAGCCUUUGUUGUAAACCAAAACUUUCUUUGGUCGCAAUUUUUCGCAAAUAAGAUGAAAGUGAAACCUUUUACCGUGUCAUCGGACCGACUGGAACUUAGCACUCCUAUACUUCACAGGCCUCCCGCGAUCUUGUGUGGAGAAUAGCGCAGUUGCCCGACGAUAAGCGGGAUAGUUUGAUCGAGAAGGUUUUCAUCCGUGUGCGCAUGCCGGACGAGACGAAGGCCAACCUGGAGCGCAUAAAAGAGGGGAAAGACCCGAACACGAAAAGCGAUUGCCUGAUCGCGCGGGCGGUGGAAUUUGCCUACGCCCAAAAGCCCUACGAAUUCCGCCUGUCCGACGGAAAAACGCGGAAAACGACGAUCUUGAUCACCGCGAGAAGGGGCGGCCAGAUGGCCACCUUUCGACUGGGAGCCAUCUCCACGCAGGGCAUCGCGCAGUCAGAAUGGGACAACUACCUCGCGUAUUAGUUUUUGUGUGCAUUUUAUUCGUGUUGGAAACUGAGACUGACUUUCUAUUGCAAACCUCGAAUCACACCAAAUGUCAAUGUGUUUGCAGGAAAAAUGGUGCCCCGCAUGACAAGCUAGCACGGUUGCUGCUUUUGCAUGAGCUGCCGCAUAAUUACAUCAAAAUAAACUGCGUAAUGAAGUAAUUUGUUUUAUUUUCCUCGCAGAUUUCUCAAGUUCGAGCUCGGGGAUGCCGCGAAAGGCGAUGAAGAUGAUGCUGCCAACGUCGAGCCCUGGGGAUUUGAAGAAGAGGAAGAGUGCAAAAUAGUUGUUGCACACUUGGAGGAAGCUCGCCAAUUCGUCUUUACAGAUGAAGAGAUCCUCAAAUUGAUCGACCCAAGUUUGACAGGUACUUUCUUUCUUUCUUUCUUACCAUGCCCGGGCAUGGCGUCAAAUUUCAGUAACUUUUCUAGUAAACAUAUGACAUAUUAUGGCCCGGGCGUGGCGACAGGUACUUUUCUAGUAAAGAUACGAAUAUCAUACGUUGUUCUUGAACGCGUAUCUUCAUGCUCGUGGAAGAAUUCGAGUUCUUCACGUGUUGAAACUAUUGAAACGGAUCUCUCUGCUCUGGAUGCACUUCUGCGUAGAUGUUGAUCCCGGAGACGAAAUGAAAAAGAACAAGUGUAACAAGUAGAAAUAAACGGACACAAUCAAGAACAUCAAAUAAAGGUAACACUGCCACAAGACUUCGGGAGGCACAGGACGCGUGCAAGGCCCUGGCGACACAAAUCCAGAACCGACCCGUAGAGGAAACGACGCAGCUGUCAGAGGAGCUGAUUCAGAUGCAGGAGCAGGUGCAGAUCCUGCAGAAGAAGUGCGACGAGCAGCGACGCGCUUUCGAGAACAGCAAGUCGGGGAAUCGGAUGUUCCAAAUCGCGGAAAUUAACAACAAAAACCGCGCGCGACAGGACUACUUGGAUUUGACCGUGGCAGCGGGGCGAGACGCACAGGAUAUCGAUUACGUGCUCGACGGGGAGAAGGAGGAUGAGGAACUAAACCCCUUCGCGAGGAAACCAAUGAACACGCGGAACAUGUGGGACAUGAGCGUGCGGAACAAGGAGGCGCGGAAAAAGAUCGCGAAGCGGGAAAACGUGGCAAACUACGAAGAAAUGGAGAUCGACCCAAAAACCGGAAAAAUAAUAGCGAAGGACGGAGCUCCAGCUGACAGCACCGGAUCUCCCGCCGCAAAAAAACCCACCAGCAACUCUCCGUCCCCUAAAAUGCAAUCGCUGUUCGCGCCACAAGGGAAUGGUAUAGUAAAAAUAAACUGUGGUCGAAUGAUGUUGAUAGAGAUAGAUGAUGCAUCAUCUUAUUACGGGGAAAUUUCGUGCAACAGAGCUUGUGGCGCGAAGCGAAUAAUAUGUAAAGAUUCCACCAGUCGUGCCCCCGCCUGACUUUCAUUUCAUGUAAAGGAGUCAUGAUGUUGUAAACGAAAGCUCUGCUUCGCACCGCAUAAUAUGCUAGUAUAAUGCUUUUCCAUCAAAAUUCAUUUCAGGUCGCGGCUUUCCCGCUGAGUCCCUUUCCCCCAACACGUCAAACGUGAUGAAGCGAAAGAACGAGCAAGCAUUCUUCGCCGACGUGCUGCAGAUGCUUAACAAAGGGCUGCCGGCAAACGGCGACCUGGGCGGGCAGCACGACGCAAAGCGAAGGAAGUAGGCUAUAAGGUGGCGCAGCUGGAACAAAGUGCUGGAGCGGGCUGAGAUUGUUUAUCUCUUCUGCUUCUUCGCUAGUACCCCGUUUCUUUCCGUUUCCACAGCUUCUGCUUCCUCUUCUACCCGCCGGCGACCUUGAUAGUACUACUGAUCUUCAUCAAACCCCGUGCUAUCAAAUCAGAUUUUUUGUAACCCCCACUUCUCUUUCCACUUCCGGAUCAGUGACUCUUGAUUCUUACGUAGCGAGAUGCUCAACAGAAAAACUAUGAAUUCAGACUUGUUAGCACACAUUGACUUUUUUUGAUAUUCAAUUCUUACGCAGUCCAACGGUUUCGCUAAAUCGUUUCGAAGUACGCGAAAAGACAGCAUUAAAAUGCACGGAACAAAUGACGCCUGUACAAUGAAAUACAAAAAUUCAAAUUUGUUUCCGCAUCCUUGUUUAUGAAGGGGAAGCACAGCAGACAGCACGAAAAGCGGGAUCGAACGACAAGAGGACCACACUGUAUACAAUCGGAGAUCUACUUGCUGCCCCCGAUGUUGAUACAACUUGUGGACAGCAGUGUAGCAUCUUCGGAUUUUGGUUCAGGAUGUUGUAGUUGAAAAAGCGAGAAAAAAUAAUACCCUUGCGUCAAAGCGGC